UAUUUGGUUACAAUAAGAUUAAUCUUUAUAUGUAGAUAUACGACAUUUAUUUCCAGAGCUUAAAUUUAUGUCUCAGAAACACUACCAGAAGAUUCAAGUCAUCAACCAGAAAACAGUACAAAAAUAAACGAACCACAAAUACCUAGGUAAUUCUCAAUCUCAAAAUCUUUCAAUUGAAAAUGAAACAAAAAUUAUCCGCAACGAAACUCAUACAUUAUAUCCGUGUUUAUAAUUAAGAAAAAUAUAUAUACAUACAUAUAUAAAAAACGAAAUCCAACGACACUCAGUAUAUAACACUUGCAGUCUUGGUAGGGACAUAGAGUAUAUCUCGGAUUACCUUGAUAAGAUAGCCGUCCAAGUAACAGCACGGCAAUAGUCAGUAUGAAUUCAAUCAUCGUAUUGUGAACAUUAAAAAGCGAAAGUAAAGUUUUAAGUAAAGUGAAUUAAAUAUCUUAAGAAAAUGAGACCUCCAACCAAAACUCUCGAGGAGGAAAAUGAAGGUCCCAUCGACGGAGUUUCACUACAGGAUUACCACAGGACUACGAAGAUAGAUAUUACUUAUGCAGAGCAGCUGCCUAACAAAACUAACUAACGAACCAAUUUUUGUAUCAAAAUUUUUUUCCGUGGCACAAAAUGUGCGAAGAAUGUUAUUAUUCAAGACCGAUUAGAGGAAUAAACUCUUAUAUAAGAAAAUCAGAAUAUCAUUCGAUAAGGUCGCAUUUGUUUAGAUUAUCAUGGGAAGAAAAAUGUGUUGCAUAAGAUGCAAAAAAGAACUAUUAUAUGUAAAAAGAGCCAUAUUCUGUAGAAAUUUUAUCGAGGAAUAUUUAGUUAACGAGGAUAAUUUUAAAAUAAGAGACAACGUAUAUAUGAACUAUGAAACAGAAACUAUAAAACGAUACUAACAAAAAUAUUUUGAUAAAAAAAGAGAAGAAGAAAACUAUCAAGGAUAAUGGCAAACCAACCCAGCACUAGCAAACAAGAGAAUGAGCGCCCUGUUGCCGUGGUACACCCAUUCAAUCCUGGACAAAUAUACGCUCAAGAAAUGCGACGGUAUAGAUGCACAUAUCCCGUGCAGUAAUACGCUCGAUUGUAGGAGCACGGAGCGACUUCCGAUGGACGCUUUUUGCAAAGACGGAUAUUGCAUGUGCCCGAAAGUAGACACUGACAUUCAAGCUUGCUCUAGCAUCAAUGCAUCUCUGCACGAGACUAAAAUUUCAGGUCCACUGCUUUAUCGAAUAUGCAAGCACGAUCAACACUGCAACUUCCUGGGCGGGAAAUGCAACAAUAGUAAUAGUCAGUGCGUCUGUUCACAAAAUUACGUGCCGUCAAGCAACAAACAACAGUGCGUCCCACGGAUCACUUCGUUCGAGGCUUCUUGCACAGAUAAAAAUCAAUGUAUAGCGUUCUCGGGGAACGCUACUUGUGAGAAUAAUACAUGCGUUUGUCUAUCUGGCUAUCAUUACGUAGACAACGCAUGCUGGAAAACAGUCGAGUACAAUCAGCAGUGCACGAAAACUCAGGAGUGCUCGCACAUCGAGGGUAGUAUCUGCACGGACAACAUGACAUGCAGAUGCGCGGCGGAAACAGUGCUAAGUACGGACGGCAAGAGGUGUUUGGCGGCCGCCAGGAAGAUUCAAGACGAAUGCACGGAGUCGGUACAGUGCACAGCGACGUUCGAUUUCUCCACUUGCGUCGAUAAGAUGUGCCAGUGCGGGCAGAAUUUUCAUUACGAACACGAGAUGACGAGAUGUUUCCCCAAUAAAGCGGUCGGCGAUGAUUGCGUGAAUAAUUACGAGUGUUAUCAGGCUGAAGAUUACGAGAACGAUCGGCCGAACAAGCCUAUGUUGUGCAGGUUUAACAAAUGCACUUGCGCCGACAAUUAUAUCUUGAACAAGAACGAGUGUGUCAGCACCGGCUCGUCCUUCGUCGCGUCCUUUGCGGCAAUAAUCAUCCUUGCGAUGGCGCUGACUUUCUUUUCAUAAAGAACAAAGUUUGAUUUCUUUGAAGAGGCUUGAUAGAUACUCGAUAAGUUAUUUUAAGUUAAGGAGUUGAAUUUUCAAUAAUUAUAAUAUCGUGCAACCACAAUAGAAACUUAAUAUCAUAGAGGAAGGAACGCAAGUACGACUGGCUCGGCUGAAAAGGCAAUCAUUCUCGGAUUAUUUACUUGAGAAUUAGAAUUGUUUAUGCUACCGUUUACUCGAGACUUUUCUCGAGGUUUUCCACGAACUUGGCGAAUUUCUCACGAGUAAUCAAAAUAUAAACGCACCGGUCUUAGCCAAAUGGUGCCACGCAAUUCAAACUAUAUGCAAUCAAAGAACCUACUCUAUAGGUAAAUGUGUGUGCGCGUGCGUGUUUGUGGAACUGUGUGAUGACUGUUCGAGAGUGAGAAAGAGAAAUAGGAGGGAGAGGGGGAGAGAGAGAGAGAGAGGGAGGGAGGGAGGGAGAGCGCAAGUUAAACCUGAUCGCAAACUUCGACGAUAAAUUGCAAUUUUAUUGCACAUAUGGAUGUAUUUGAAUGAUCGAACUUGCGGUUUAUCUGUAAUAUACUCAAAUGUACAAAUUGUACUUGUAAUAUUUAUGUAACACUUAUAUUUAAACGACAGAGUUGAAACGAUAGAGCGGAUAAUGGCGAGGUCUCUUUGGGUGCAUAAAAAUCGGCCGUGUUCGUCACUUUUAUUCUCGUCGUUAAUUGCCAAGGUUGCAGCGUUACAAUUUUCCGUAACAAUUGCGUGAAACCGGAUGUGAAGGAAAAAAACGAGCAGCGUAGAAAAAUGAAACGAUAUCAAACGCUGUUGUAACUGCGCAACAAAAUACUCGCGGCGAAGGCGACGACCAGCGACGACUGAGGCUCGAACCGAGGCGCAACGACGUUGUUUAAAGCCUUCCACUCGCGUGCAUUUAAUUAACGCGGUUAUUAAUAUGCGGAUGUUGAUGUGUUCCAUAGUGCUAGUGUUUCUUAAAGCGAUGCAAACUGGGUAGAAUUCACGGAUGCAAAAGAGAAAAUUUAUAGUUAGUCGUUUGAAAAUUCUUAUUUUUGCGUGCGCUCCCCUUUUCAGGUCAAUCCACAGACACGAUGACCAAAUAAUCCUUUAUUUUGCGCUACUUUUGCGAUUGUUUAAUGAAAAAUAAGAUAUAGCAAGCAACAAUGGCGUUUAUUUCUUUUCAAUAUUUAUUGCUCCAAGCUUAUACGUACACGUUAUCUGUGGCGCGGUUUUAAAAGAGCAAAUAUCAAAUUUUCAAAGCGUAUUGUAUAUGUAUACACGUAUUGCACAAUGUAUAAAUUUUAUAUUUAUGUACUUAAAUAGAUAGCUUCGAAAUUUUGAUGUGUGCUCUUUCAGAAUCGAUGUUGAACGUUGGCAUUUCUCUGCGUUCAUCUAAUAUAGUAUCGAUCUUUUGUACUAUUUUAAUGAAAAUAUCAUUUCAAUGAAAAUUAGCUUUCAGCAAAUCUUUUAUUAUAAAACUACAUAUACAUAAUAUUAUAUUUUAUACGUUAUAUUGCAGCGAUCAUAUAUGUAUAUAUUAAUAUAACGCGCGGUUUCUUGUAUACAUUUCUUAUACGAAUAAAAUAAUUAUGUAAUGUG